UUCAACUCAAAUUUAAUUAAAAAAACCUAACCAUUUUGUACUAUAUUUUAUGUACCCUCCAUUACCCGUCUCCUCUCUUCUCUCUCCACCGCCCACUUCUCUCUCUACUCUCUCACCAUGAAGCUCAAAAACAAAGGCAAAGUCUACCCAUCUCCGUCGUCGUCUCCGUCUUCUAAUUCAAGACCCGGCGCUGAUGACUUCAUCUCCGUACUCAACAUUUUACCCGCCACUAUUCUCACUCUAGCCUCCGUUCUUUCUCUUCAAGACCGUGAAGUUCUUGCUUACAUGAUCACCCGCUCUCUCAAAACCACCACCACCGCCGCCACCUCCGCCACCGCUCAAGACUCCAAGAAAAAGUUACCCAAGAGCUCGCCGUCGCUACCCAGCGGAGGCGCCGCCCAUAAGUCUCCGUUGUUCGACUGUGAUUGCUUUGAGUGUUACACAAGCUACUGGUUUAGAUGGGAUUCUUCUGUUAACCGUGAGCUUAUUCAUCAAGUUAUCGAAGCUUUUGAAGAGCAUUUAACCAACGGUGAACUGUUAAAAAAGAACGGUAAAAAUAAAAGAAGGGAUAAAACGGGUCGUCGGGUUAGUGAUAAACCGGUUAUUGAUGUUCUGACUCGACCCGAUAUACGAGAACCGGCUGAGGUUACUGUUAAGUCUGUUAUUGCUCCAAGUGAUGACGUGUUUCCGGCUGAUGGAGCUGAAGUGAAAGGAAAUGAAGAGACGGCGGCGCAGCUGGUUGUGGAGGUUUCCGAGGAAUUGACGGUGGUUGUAAAGUCGCCUCCGGCUGAUGGAGUUAACCACCAUAAGGGUUUGGCGAGGAAGGUAUUACCGGACGUGUUAGGGUUAUUUAAUUCUCGUUUAUGGCACCUUUGGAAUCCGAAUGUUUAAUGUGGUGACUAAGAAAUUAAUAAAAAAAAAUCAAUUUCUUUUGUUUUGUUUUUA